GCGGGUCGGCCGACCCAGUAUCGCGAAAGCCGCGGUUUCUCUAUCCUUCAAUUAAUUUCACUUCUUUAUUCAUCAGUUAUUGUCACUGUCAACGUACAAGCGCAAUCUGUUUUUCUUCGCAGAUAUAAUAGAGGCAAAAGGCACCCCUACUUCUUCGGAACUGAAGAUUUCUCAGAAUUUCAUCAGCCUUUGCAACUUUUUCUGUUACUGGCUCCGUGAAGAAAGGUGCUGAUGAAAAAUAAAAUCGGACACGAUGAGGACGAUAUCAGCAUUAUUCUACAGCAUGACAGUAUGGUUAUCGGCAAAAGCAAUUACAGUUUCCGUCGACCGAGCUGAUUAUCAACCACCUCAGAAACAUGCAUCCAUUUCUGGAAAUGGUUGGCGACCUGUGACCGGAUACGAUGAAAUUAAUAUAAAAGUUUCACCCACCAGCAAAGGACAGCGAUUUGCAGCUCCUCUCCAUCCAGUCAUUGGUAAACUGCAAGAACACUUGGGGUCAUCGCAUACAUUAAAACUUCAAAAUGCAAACAGACCUUCAGAUUUUGCACCGCCAACAAUUUUAGGGAGUUUCAGCGUUUUUAGUCGUGCAACUGCCAAGACGCGCGAAGAUCCAACACUUAAUAUAAAAUUGCUGCCUUCAGAAAGCCGAAAAUAUUCUUUCCUACUUUCUCCUAACAGAGAUCUAUUUCAUUCUACAGAUACACAGUACAUUAGCAAAACUCCAAACCCUGACAUCAGAGACCCAUCAUAUUAUUACAAUGGGCCUAGAUAUGCUUCAACGGCGAGUUCUUUAAUGGCCAGUAGACCGUUGCUAUAUACAUAUAAUGUUCAACAAACUCUACAGCCUCCAGAUCGUCCUCCUUUAGCUUUUGAGUACAAAAAUUCUAACAGCCAAUACCUUGUACCUCCAGGUUUCAACUAUUCUAAGGAUUUCGGAAAGAACAAAAGCAAUCAACAAUAUUACAAUCAAAAUUCUCAUUCUCCCAAUUUCCAGCCAUCUAACGCUAAACCGAAUAACUACUUCAAUCAUGUCAAUCAUCCAUCUCCGUACAAAGUCACUUAUGAACGCAAUCCGGCGUAUUUAAUCCACGAGAGUCAUGAGGUUGACUACGUAACGCCACCUUUCGAAAUGAAAUUCAAACCUUAUCAAAACUAUCUGAUGCCUCCAGAAGUAUAUACCUCAACUUUACCACCUACGAAAAUCAAUUAUCUUCAGCCACUUCCUAUUAACGUGAAUAAUGAAAGCCAUUCCGAGAAUGUAGACAAAAAAUUAAAGAAUGAUCCAACUAAUAAUAAAUUAAACCACAAGAAUCGACACCAAAAGUACAAGCAAGAAUUCGUCAACAAUACUGAAAAUUUUUACGUGCCUGAGCACGAGUCAGCAUUUAUAUAUAUGCCACCGGAAACGCAACAAUAUUUUAGAAAAACAAUUAAACCGAUUGAACAGACAACAGAAAAAGAGUAUGAAACUCCCGAAAGUAUUUCCUUGAAACAUUAUAAAGAACAACUCGCACGCUUGGCUAUUCUAAAGAAUAGACAAAGAUUCCGUGAUCAUGAACAAACAAGAGAGCAGGAACUCCAAACUCAACAGUACGAAGAGCACAACAGACAACCGUUAGAACAGAAAUACUUUAAUAAAGAGGAGAUGCUAAAGCCUGAAGCAGAAAAAACAAGAAAUGCAGGAAGUAAAAAACCGCCAGUCCGAGAAGAAUAUCAAGUGGAAAAAAUCCGAUCACCACAAACAGCUAUUUCUGGUAAUCGCUUCCCAGUAAAUGAAGGAAAAGCUGUUGAGCACCUCGAGGUUAAUGUUCCUAAACAACCUACUACCUCUCGUCAUUCCACAACAACCCAUCAACCUAUUAUUUAUUAUCAGACUACUCAGUCUUCUCAGAAAAAGAAGGACGAAUCACCGCAAGAAUAUUGGGAGCAAAAUGUUCAGUACCCAGCAGAAAAUUUGAGCAGUACCAGAAUACCAGAGGAUCAGCCGCAAUCGCAGAAAUAUUCUGUUAACGGAGAGCUUCAGAUUAUUUCUUUCUAUCCUGAAUCUGUGACUACAGAUACAUCAAUUCACAGUUCUGAAAUUACAGAAGGUGUGACAGAUGUACCUGUUUAUCCGAUCAUUUUACCAGAAAUAAUAAUAGCUCCUUCUACUGAAAGAAUCAUAAAUCAUAGACCAUCUGGAAAAAGAAGGAGACGUCCAACCGUAGCAACACAGGAACCUCAUAACAUACCAUCGAAAACAAAGCAAAAUUUCUCCGAGCGGGAAAAUUCUAGUGGAGAAUUCAUCCGCAGAAAUCAAGCAAAGGCACAACAAACCAAGUAUGAGGAACCAGUUGUUGAACGCAAAACAAGCAGUAGGCGACGUCCUGAAGUCAGUGUUAGGGUUAAUAAGAAUGAACUAGAUGUUCAAACUGAAACAGUAAACCCUACCAAAUAUAAGACUCCGAAAGAAGGACUAGUAGUUUAUGUAACCGAAUACCCGAACUUUGAUCAAAAAGCGUCAACUGAAAACACGGAAUCAGUAUUGGAGAACUUAGAGAUAGAACACAUUACUGAACCCGUAAACCCAUCUUGGAUAAAUAAUUCUGAAUACGUGACUGAACCCGUGAAACCCGUGAGGAUAAAUAACUAUGAUUACGUCACCGAACUUACAAGGCCAUCAAGGAUAAAUAAUUACAAUGAAUUUCAGAAAACAGACUACAUUGUGACCACUACUCCCGUCACAUCAACAACUCCAUUUACCACAACAAAAGAACUUCAAAGUUCUACAACUGCAGCUUCCACCGUUUCUACCACAAAGCCAACUUAUAGAUUCCGACCUUCUAGAUUUGGAAACACCUCAAGGCCACGAUUUAGUGUAAAAGAAUACAAAAGCAGACUAGAUUACAAAAACAGAAUAUCUCAUAGUUCUUCUACCGAGGAUAGUGUAGAAACGCCAGUUAAACAAAGACCCACAGUAGAUCAGAAGAAAAAGCAGCAGUCUGAACCGGCAGUCCGAGAAUCCACAGGAAAAUAUAAAUACAUGUCGCGAGUUUCGUACAGAACAAGUUCGACUACUCCAGCCACUGAAGAUCAAGCAAAUCUUACAUUUACCACUAACACGAGAAACAAAGGCAAUAAAUUCUCACCUAAGCAAAGACAAAAUAAUAGUUAUCCUUAUCGAAGCCGGGCCACGAGCACAACAUCCACCUCUAUCAAACAAGAAGGUGACGGCUCUCCAACUAUUCGUCUCGAAAAUAUAUUUUCUUCAAUUCGACAUCGUUCUCCCGUAAUGAGAAGCAAAUUAAGAAGUUCCAAAGAACCAUCUGAAACUAAAGACAACAUAGAAAUGGCCAUUGAAGAAACAAAUUUUUACUCUCAUCCAACAUCCCAACAUGAAAUUUCAGAAGAAAUAAAAGUCACGCUUUCCAAUAAUGAAAGAAACCAAGAACAGAAGGAAAUUUCCGAGAUUCAGGAAAAUGUUUCAAUAAAAGAGAAACCCGAACCAGACUCUUUGAAAGUCAAAUAUGAAAUUACGCCAAUAAAUGAUUUACUGACGACAGCCACUAAGCAAGCGGAUGAAGAACUCUUCGAAAAAGCAUCUCAAAGUGUUGCCGACUUAACUAGCUCUGCUUCCGCUUUAUAUGAUAAACCUGGUUUAUUCAAAGCAGUGUCACCACCGACAGAGAAUAGGAUAAUUUCAACUCAUCUUAAAAUCACUACCGGAGAAACUACGUUACCCAUUGAAGCAUUUUUCCACAAUUUAGCUGACAAAGUCAGAUAGAUAGAAGCAUUUUUCCACAAUUUAACUGAGAAAGUCCGAUAGAUAGAACUAUACAAAUUAAUAAUUUUAGAGAGCCUGAAGAAAGCAUAUCUCAGUUUUAAACCCUAAAAAUGUGAGAAUUUAAAAAAUUUUUUUUGCCAAGUUGAAGUGCAGAAAUUAUAUUGAAUAUUUAAAAUCAUCGAUGUCACCAACCAUCGUUUUUAUUAUCACUACUGUGAACCAUAACAGGUUUUUAACUUACAUAAUUUAGAGAAAUUUUCAUAAACGAAAUAUUUCUUCUCAUGCUAUCCUGCCUUAGAAUCUGAAAGUUUCUAAAUUCUAAGGGAUGUUCAGCCAGGUAUUCGAGAUGAUUUAAUUUAGUAAAGAAGAAAUGAACCUCGAAUAUCUAUGUUAAUUUAAGUUAAGUUCUCGGCUAUUAUUGAUUUAUGUACUAGUAUUCUAUUAUUAUUUAAUGGGAUAUAAUUUUAGUGUGUUUAUACGAAUUGAUCCCUACACUGAGAAAAAAGUACUUCUGAAUCAAUGAAAUAUUGGUUUGAAGCAUCAAAUGGUGGUUUCGCGUUCGGUCGAAUGUGUAUAUAAUCAAUUCAAAGGCAUAUGCUAUUGUUUCUUAUUUUCUUGAUUCAAAAAAAAAAUAUUAUUAAAUUAUUUAAAAAAUGAUUAGCCUCAACUGAAGAUGUCAUAGACCUAAUAGUAAAUUCAUCGUUGCAACAGUAAAAAAGUUUAACUGUAUAGUGCACUACCACAACCUUAUUACCAGAAAUUUCAGAUUCAAAGAAGGAAAAUAUUGAUUCAAAUUCAAAAUAAAAAUGAAAAUAAUUAUCGUUUUUAUUUUAUAAAAGGGAGAUAAUAAAGAAAUAAAAUUUCCAUUCGGACAAGGAAUUUUCGAUAUGGAACGGAAAUUUAAAUAAAAUGGAAACUGGGAUUUAGAAAUAAAGAAUUAAAAAAUCCCUGUUGCAAGUGAAAAUUCGUUACAAUUUAUAAGUUGCUUCUUCCGGAUUAAAAAAAAGGAGAGUGCAAAAAACGGUAAAUAUUCUAUUAAAGGUGAUUCUUAUGAAAAAAAUUGGUAAAAUUGACAAUUUAAAUGAUAAGAACUUGUAGCCGAGUAAAUUAUUUAUUGUGUUGAAAGAUUUUUUAAAUCAUUAGGGCGAAAUCAUAGGAUCAAAAUGUGUAGCUCCGGGCUUUACGUCUUACAAUAACAGCAAAUAGCUCAUUUUUCAAUCCAAGAAAUUAACUUUUAAUCAAAAAGAUGAAUCAUAAAUUAAAAUAA